AUGGGAAAAGUUGGCGCCGGCGGCGGCUCCCUGGCCAGGCUGAGCGCGCUCCUGGCGGGCGCGGGGCUUCUGGUGCUCUUAGCCCCCAGCGUCCGCAGCAGCCGCUCCUGCUGCUCCUCGCAGCACCCCGGCUCGACCCAACGCUGGACCCUGACCCCAAGAGGUUUUCCUCACCCAGGACCGCUGGGUCGGGCUCCUGCCACGCCCCCGCCCCUCCUCAUGAGACCCCUGUUCGCAGUGGCCCCCGGGGACCGGGCGCUGUCUCUGGAGAGAUCUGGGGGCAGCAGGGUGUCACUGACAACCGCUGCACGCUCUGGCCGAAGGAGACGGAGUGGAGCGGAUCCUGUGAAGACUGAACCCGGAGAGGGUGCGAGUCGGAGCCGCCGGGGCAUGCUAAGGGAUGGAGGGCAGCAAGGGCCUGGGACUGGCGCGCGGGACCCGGACAAAGCCACUCGCUUCCGGAUGGAGGAGCUGAAACUGACCAGCACCACGUUUGCGCUGACUGGAGACUCGGCACACAACCAGGCUAUGGUCCACUGGUCUGGCCACAACAGCAGCGUGAUUCUCAUUUUGACAAAGUUGUAUGACUAUAACCUUGGGAGCAUCACCGAGAGCUCACUCUGGAGGUCAACCGAUUAUGGGACAACCUAUGAAAAGCUGAAUGAUAAAGUGGGCUUGAAGACAAUUCUGAGCUAUCUCUAUGUGUGUCCAACAAACAAGCGUAAGAUUAUGUUACUCACGGACCCGGAGAUUGAGAGCAGUUUAUUGAUCAGCUCAGAUGAAGGGGCAACCUAUCAAAAGUACCGGCUGAACUUUUACAUCCAGAGUUUGCUCUUCCAUCCGAAGCAGGAAGACUGGAUUCUGGCAUACAGUCAAGACCAAAAGUUGUACAGCUCUGCUGAAUUUGGCAGAAGAUGGCAGCUUAUCCAGGAAUCUGUGGUUCCAAAUAGGUUCUACUGGUCUGUGAUGGCGUCUAGCAAAGAACCAGACCUUGUGCAUCUUGAGGCCAGGACCAUAGAUGGACACUCGCAAUACCUAACUUGUCGGAUGCAAAACUGCACAGAAACCAACAGAAAUAAGCCUUUCCCCGGCUACAUUGACCCCGACUCUUUGAUUGUUCAGGAUGAUUAUGUGUUUGUUCAGCUGACAUCCGGAGGAAGACCGCAUUACUACGUGUCCUACCGAAGAAGCACGUUUGCACAAAUGAAGCUCCCGAAAUACGCUUUGCCUAAGGACAUGCAUGUCAUCAGCACAGAUGAGAACCAAGUGUUUGCAGCUGUCCAAGAAUGGAACCAGAAUGACACGUACAACCUCUACAUCUCGGACACCCGUGGUGUCUACUUCACCCUGGCCUUGGAGAAUGUCCAGAGUAGCAGAGGACCUGAAGGCAACGUCAUGAUUGACCUCUAUGAGGUAGCAGGGAUAAAGGGAAUGUUCUUGGCUAACAAGAAGAUUGAAAACCAAGUGAAGACUUUCAUCACUUACAACAAAGGCAGAGACUGGCGUUUGCUGCAGGCUCCAGAUGCAGAUCUAAGAGGGGACCCUGUGCACUGUUUACUGCCUUAUUGCUCAUUACACCUUCAUCUCAAGGUCUCUGAGAAUCCCUACACCUCUGGAAUCAUUGCCAGCAGGGACACAGCCCCAAGUAUUAUAGUUGCUUCAGGUAAUAUAGGUUCUGAACUGUCAGACAGCGACAUCAGCAUGUUUGUCUCUUCAGACGCAGGGAACACUUGGAGGCAGAUCUUUGAAGAAGAGCACAGCAUUUUGUACUUAGAUCAAGGUGGAGUCCUGGUUGCUAUGAAACACACAUCUCUCCCAAUUCGUCACCUUUGGUUGAGUUUUGAUGAAGGGCGAUCUUGGAGUAAAUACAGUUUCACAUCCAUUCCACUUUUUGUGGAUGGAGUUCUGGGGGAGCCUGGAGAAGAGACACUAAUCAUGACAGUGUUUGGACAUUUCAGCCACCGCUCCGAAUGGCAGCUUGUCAAAGUGGAUUAUAAGUCCAUUUUUGAUAGACGCUGUGCUGAAGAAGACUACAGACCUUGGCAGUUACAUAGUCAGGGUGAAGCAUGCAUCAUGGGAGCCAAAAGGAUAUACAAGAAGCGAAAAUCUGAGCGGAAGUGUAUGCAAGGAAAAUAUGCAGGAGCGAUGGAGUCUGAACCUUGUGUUUGUACAGAGGCAGAUUUUGACUGUGACUAUGGCUAUGAGAGACAUAGUAAUGGGCAAUGCCUGCCAGCUUUUUGGUUCAACCCAUCCUCACUGUCAAAAGACUGCAGCUUGGGACAGAGCUACCUCAACAGCACUGGGUAUAGGAAAGUGGUCUCCAAUAACUGCACGGAUGGAGUGAGAGAGCAGUAUACUGCCAAACCACAGAAGUGCCCAGGGAAGGCCCCUCGAGGGCUCCGGAUCGUCACUGCAGACGGGAAACUGACAGCAGAACAGGGACACAAUGUCACGCUCAUGGUACAGUUGGAAGAGGGUGAUGUGCAGCGGACACUCAUCCAGGUGGACUUUGGAGAUGGCAUUGCAGUGUCUUAUGUCAACCUCAGCUCCAUGGAAGAUGGAAUCAAGCAUGUCUAUCAGAAUGUGGGCAUUUUCCGAGUGACCGUGCAGGUGGACAACAGUCUGGGGUCUGACAGCGCCGUCCUGUACUUACAUGUAACUUGUCCCCUGGAGCAUGUGCACCUGUCGCUCCCUUUUGUCACAACGAAGAACAAAGAGGUCAAUGCCACUGCAGUGCUCUGGCCCAGCCAAGUGGGCACUCUCACAUACGUGUGGUGGUACGGAAACAACACAGAGCCCUUGAUCACCUUGGAGGGAAGCAUAUCAUUCAAGUUUACUUCUGAAGGAAUGAAUACCAUCACAGUGCAGGUUUCAGCUGGAAAUGCCAUCCUGCAAGACACGAAGACCAUCGCAGUCUACGAGGAAUUCCGGUCUCUUCGCUUGGCCUUUUCUCCAAACUUGGAUGACUACAACCCUGACAUACCUGAGUGGAGGAGGGACAUCAGCCGAGUCAUCAAAAAGUCUCUGGUGGAAGCCACAGGGAUUCCCAGCCAGCAUAUCCUCGUGGCAGUGUUACCUGGCUUACCCACCGCUGCUGAACUCUUUGUUUUGCCCUACCAAGAUGCAAACAGAGAAAACAAAAGGUCAACAGAGGACCUGGAGCAGAUAUCUGAAGUUCUAAUCCACAAACUCAACCAAAACUUGGUGCACUUCGAACUGAAGCCUGGGGUCCAAGUUCUCGUCCACGCAGCCCACCUAACAGCAGCCCCCCUGGUGGACCUCACUCCAACCCACAGUGGAUCUGCCAUGCUGAUGUUGCUCUCAGUCGUGUUUGUGGGUCUGGCUGUUUUCGUCAUCUACAAGUUUAAAAGGAAGAUCCCGGGGAUUAAUGUUUAUGCCCAGAUGCAAAAUGAGAAAGAACAGGAGCUGAUCAGUCCAGUCAGUCACACUGAAAGCAGGCCCAGUGUCCCUCACCCUGACCUCAGGUGGCCUGGCCAACUUGUAGAUGAGAAGGUGGAACCGCAGCACCUAGAAGUUCCAAACAGCAACAUUGAAAGCAAUGGGGUGCUUGGCAGCUGUUCUGUGUUUUCCAGGAUUCCAACUAAGCAUUGA